AUGGGGGUGGCCAAAGCCAUCCGUCGUUUCAGCGGGGGUGGCGGGGUGGGGGAGCUGCGGGAAGAGGAGUCCGUGGAGUCCCCCACCAGCUGCCACAACGGCAGGCCCGCCCCCGUCCGGCAGCGCAGCCGUUUCGUGAAGAAGAACGGCCACUGCAACGUGCAGUUCGUCAACAUGAGCGAGAAGAGCCAGAGGUACCUGACAGACAUCUUCACCACUUGUGUGGACAUCCGCUGGCGCUGGAUGUUCCUCAUCUUCUGCCUCUCGUUCGUGCUCUCCUGGUUGGUCUUUGGCUUCACCUUCUGGCUCAUUGCCGCCAUGAACGGGGACCUUGCCCCCGAGCAGCCUCCCAACUCAAAGCCCUGCUUCUCCGAGGUCACCAGCUUCAUGGCCGCCUUCCUCUUCUCCCUGGAGACGCAGACUUCCAUCGGGUACGGCUUCCGCAGUGUGACGGAGGAGUGCCCAUGCGCCGUCCUGGCUGUGGUGCUGCAGUGCAUUCUGGGUUGCAUCAUUGACGCCUUCAUCAUUGGGGCCAUCAUGGUCAAGAUCGCCAAACCCAAGAAGCGCAACGAGACCUUGGUCUUCAGCGAGACAGCCGUGGUGGCCAUGCGCGACGGGAAGCUCUGCCUCAUGUGGCGUGUGGCCAACCUGCGCAAGAGCCACCUGGUGGAGGCCCAUGUUCGGGCACAGCUGCUGCAGCCUCGUGUGACCCCCGAAGGCGAGUACAUCCCUCUGGACCACAACGAUGUCAACGUGGGUUUCGACAGCGGCACCGACCGCAUUUUCCUGGUGUCGCCUGUGACGAUUGUGCACGAGAUCGACGCCGAAAGCCCCCUCUACGAGUACGGCCCCGCAGACCUGGCCGAGGCUGACUUUGAGCUGGUGGUCAUCCUAGAAGGCAUGGUGGAAGCCACGGCAAUGACCACUCAGUGCCGCAGUUCCUACCUGCCCGGCGAGCUGCGCUGGGGACACCGCUUUGAGCCUGUGCUGUUUGAACGGCGCGGCCACUACGAGGUUGACUACCAGCACUUCCACCGUACCUACGAGGUGCCCGGAACCCCAACGUGCAGCGCCAAGGAGCUGAGCCACCGCAAAUACAGGGCGCCCCCUGCAGGAGCCACCGCAGCUCGCGCCUCCUUCUGCUACGAGAACGAGGUGGCGCUCAGCUGCUGCCGUGAGGAAGAGGAGGAAGAGGAAAGGCAGGGAAGCCGGAGGGUGAGCCUGGAGAAUGAGGCAGCCGCCACCACGUGA